CCGCUUUACUGGCCUGGAGAAACACUCAAAUCUUUUUUUUUUUUAAAGCACCAGAGAGUCUCUCCUCUCUUUGAAUAACCCUUCACUACUCCGUGUCGGUGAUUGACGUGAGAAACUGGAGGAGGAUUCUGUCUGCUCUUUGAGCCGCAGCUCAACUCGCAUGCUGAUUGUCUGCCGAGGAAAGGAAUUAAUUUUGGAGGAACGUUUUCAAGGCUUUCUUUGCUGUUUUAAAAUGCACCUUAAUACCGCGGACAGUAAGUUAACACCGCAGUGAAAACAUGACACGCAAAUGAUGUUUAACAUUUCAAUAGAUGGAGGCUCACUCUCAAACAAUUUGGAGGACUUCGACUCUAUUCGCAGUGUUCUCCUAUACAGUGACCUGGAACCAGAGUGGCUGGAUGACAUCCAGAAGAAUGGCGAGCUUUUCUACCUUGAGCUGAGCGAGGGCGAAGAGGAGGCGGCUUUAGCCCAAGCCACCGCCAAUCAGAAUGCGUCCACCAACCACGUGCGCUUUAGCGAUAAGGAAGCAGAGGUCAUCACGGAGCAAAACAAGAAACAGCGAUGCAGCUCACGCAAGAAAGGGGAGCCCGCGCUUAAGAAGCUGGCUCGGAUCCUGAGGAGGAAACGGCGGCCUUCUCAGCGUAAAGGAGGGGGGAAAGUUGGGAGUAAAGACAACUCGUCUCCAGCGUCCAUCCUGAAGAACCAGCCGGGUCAAAGGCAGGGUGUGACGGUGCAGCAGCAGCAGCUGAAGGAAGUUUGUGUCUACCUCAACCCCAAACGCCUUGUAGGUACAUCAGCGCCUCUCUCUGACAGGGGAGGCCUCCUGGAAGCGUUGCUGGGGGUGGUGCACCGCCCCUCCUGGGGCAGGGGAACAGGGGACCCCAGAGUGGUCAGGCAGGAGGAGAGGCUGACUGUUCAUGGACUGAUACCCAACAGCCCGGCCAUCAAAUGUGGACAAAUCCUUAUCGGUGACGUGCUUGUAGCUGUGGAUGAUGUGGACGUGACCUCUGAAAACAUAGAAAGGGUUCUCUCCUGCAUUCCAGGACCAACACAGGUGAGGCUGACAUUGGAGACGCUGGCUCUGGUAGAGGGCAGCAUUACCUGCGAGGCUCAGACGGCUCGUAGGAUGAAGGUGUCCCCACCGGUCAGCCAGCUGGUGCGUCUGCUGUGGGGCGAAGACACAGCCGAACUGCAGAUGUCUAUAGGACAUAUCCCACAUGUCGUCAUGUACCUCUCACUCAAACUGGACUCUGCAUCCCCACAGGAGGAGGAGGAGAUCUUGUACCAGUACCCGGUGUCUGAGGCGUCCAACCAGCUGAAAGGCGUCCGGGGGAUCUUCCUAACUCUGUGCGACAUGCUGGAGAACGUCACAGGGGGGCAGAUAAUCAGUUCCUCUCUCCUGCUCGGGAAGCAGCUGGUGCAUGUCGGCUACUGCAAGGAAAGCAACAACCUGCUGGUCAUCGGUCUUCCUGCUGAGAGGGUUCCUCUGUUGUAUCUGCAGACGGUGGUGGCAGAUGUAGUCCGGACUCUAAAAGUGAUGUACGGCUCCUUAGACAGCGCGUUCUGUCAGGAGGACCACGCUCCCAGGUUGGACCACUUCUUCUGCCUGUUCUUCCAGCAGCUCAUCCAGCCGUCUCGCUUGAGGGACGGCUCCUCAGCCCCGCCCGCCGACGUCUCAGGGACCCUUUUCCUCGACGGGCUGCCGGCAGUCCGAUGGCUCACGCUUCCUCCAGAAAUCAAGAUGGAGGUGGAUACGGUUCUCUCUGAUUUUGAGUCUUCUGAUUUUGGAGAAAUGUCUGAGGACUUUUUCGGCCUGAGGCGUCUGUAUGUGAUUCUUGGCUCCUGUUUGUUCUACAAGUCCUACCUGAUUGCCAACCACCUGCCAAAAGAGGACCUGCUGGAUGUUUCCCUGUACUGCCAGCAUUACUGCCUGCUGCCUCUGGCGUCCGAGCAGCGGGUCGGUCAGCUGGUCAUCUGGAGGGAGGUGUUUCCUCAGCAAAGAGCUCACGGCAGCCGAGCGCCGGGAUACAGCCCGCCUCAAGGACGACACUUUCUCCUCAUCGUGGGGCUGAGACACUUCAUGCAGUGCGUGCUGCUGGAGGCCGGGGGCUGUGCGUCACCUGCUCUGGGUGCUCCAGGACCCGAUUGUGUUUACAUAGAUCAGGUGAAGGCCACCCUGCUGCAGCUGGAGGUGUUGGAGGCGGGUAUUGAGGAGCGUCUGAACGCUCCUCCUGCUCCCUGUCUGUCCUGCGCUGACUGGUUCCUCCCCGCAGCCACGGCCCGGGACCGCCUGGACACCCUGGCCUCGUCCUCUCCCGUCCUCAGCAAGCUAGCCGGGGCGGUCAAAGGCUCCUCUUCCUCCUCGGGGUCCAGAGGCCGCAGUCUGUUUGGGGAGAGGGCCCGGAGGUCCAGCCCUCAGAGGAGCCUGUCAGACAGCGGGAGCGAGGGACAGAUGGAUGCUGGGUCAGGGUCUGGUUCUUCUUCUGCGGCUCCAGGUUUUAGUCCUCAUUCCACCCCGGACUCAGGGAGGAAGCUGGGGGGGCGGCGAGACUCUCUGGGGUCUGGAGGGUCUGAUGGGAGUGGAGGCAGCGGAGGCCUCUUCAAGAUUCCCAGGAUGAAGCACCCAAACCCGUUCCACCUGGGCACCCUGAAGAAGACCCUGACUGAGAGGGAGACGGAGGAGAUGUACAACACCAUGAAACUGACCUCAGGCGCAGAGAACACCCUGUUCCACUACGUCCUGAUGGAGACGGUUCAGGGGAUCUUCAUCGCGCCCACUCACAGAGAGGUGGCUCAGCUCAGCGGCUCCAUCCACCCGCAACUCAUCCGCAACUUCCACCACUGCUGCCUCUCCAUACGGGCCGCCUUCCAGCAGAGCCUGCCGGCCCGGGGUCGUCGGGCCGCAGACCGGCCUCGGGGCAGGGACUGGGGUCUGGGUCCGGUGAAGGAACACGGGGUCCUGUUCCAGUGUAAACCCGAGAACUGGACCGACCAGAGGAAACCUGCUCCCACCAUGACCUACUGGGUCAUAGGGCGGAUGUUGCUCGAGCCGGUCCCUCAGGAGUUCUACGUGUGCUUCCACGACUCUGUGGCCGAGGUUCCUGUAGAGAUGGCCUUCAGACUCUCCUUCGGUCUGGCCUUGUGAUGCAUCGCCCCCCCGCCCCCGUCCCCCCCCAUCUUUGUGGAUCUUGACCUUUCAACAGCUGAAGCUUGUGUUGCAUUCUCAGGGAAUAAUACAAACUAUGUGGAAAUGUCUGAACCUUUGGUGCGCCUACAUUUUCCUGCUGAUAAUGGAGGUUUUGCUGCAGUGAUAAGAACGUAGAAAAGGCAGAGUGAGUUUUAACCAGGUUAUUUUGUGCAGAGAUCUUUUUUGUACAGACAGCUUAUACCUCAUAAACUUGAUUAAAAACCUCUGAUAAGAGCAGACGAGAGCUUUAGUUUCCAAAGCUGGACCAAUCAAAUCGUGCUGCUGCCUCAUCAGACAUUUCUAAUAAAGCAAAACAAGGUGUAGAGAUCAGUCUGUGUGCAGUGUUGAGAAGGCAUUUCAUUUGUAACUUAUUGAAAAAUGUACAGUUUUAUAUUUACUUGUUACCAACAUAAACAAUGAAAUUAAAGAACACACAGUUUCUUUUUAUUCUUUCUUUACAAAUCAGCUCGUUGUCAUGGAAGCCCUUUGUCAGACUCCAAACAUAAUUGUGACAUUAUUGACUCAGUGUAAAUCAUAAAUACUAUUCAUAACAUUUACAAAGUCCAUAAUUAAAUCACUGCAGGAAAAGAAAA